AUGGAUCUUCUCGUUUUUGGGGACCAAGAGGUCGAUAUUCACGCGUUUCUGCAGAAGAUAUGGCUGGCUGGGAAGCAGAAUACCUUGCUAGGAACAUUUCUUGAGAGGACGGGAUUAGCUCUUCGAGAGGAGAUUGCGCGUUUGCCCGGUCUAGAAAGGCAAAAGAUUCCAAAUUUCACUAAUAUCCAUGAGCUGGCAAAACGAUACCAUGAAGCUGGACAACGACAUGCGUCGGUGGAAACUGCCCUUUCCUGCGUUGCUCAAUUAGCACAAUUCAUUGGGUAUGCGGAACAUGAAGCCGGAGAUGCACUUUCUGCUAAGGGGAAAUCUGCCCUGGGUAGCGGCACUGGCCUCCUUUCCGCCGCCGUGAUCUCUUCCUCGGCUUCCUUGACCGGACUUAUUCCACUAGCAGUGGAGGUGGUCAUUCUGGCUCUGAGGAUCGGUCUGCAAGUAGAAACAUUUGCAGACAGACUAUGUCCGACCUCCAGUGGAGAGCCUUGGUCAUACAAAGUGUCUGGUAUCAGCCUUUCACAAGCGGAGAAGAUUUUGGAUGAAUUUCAUAAUGAUAACGGCGUUCCUGCAUCAAACUAUGCCUACAUUAGCACAGUAAACCUUAGAGACUUUGUAAUUAGUGGACCGCCAACGACUCUUCGCCGGCUUUUCGACCGCCUAUCUUCUAUUCAAGAGAUGGAGAAGCACCAACUUCCCGUCUACGGGCCCUUUCACGCGCCCCACCUUCACCAGCACGUGGACAAGGAGAAUCUACUCGAAGGCUAUGGUCGGAACUUUUCCCAUUUGCUCGACACUUAUCACCCAAGAAUUCCAAUCAUAUCGUCCUGCACGGGAAGUUACAUGAAGGGAAGCACCUUGAGGGACGUGCUGUUGGAGAUCGUCGACGAGCUACUCGAGGAAAAGCUACGACUUGACAAGGUCGCGCAGGCGUGUGUAGAAACGAUCAAUGACACGAGAAGCGCGGAAUGCCGGGUUUUGCAAUUUGGUGAUCCACAUACUGCAGAGGAGAUUGUGGGUGCGCUUCGAAAGGAUGCGAAAGCCCGUAUCUCGUCCGAUGAUGGCAAAGCAUGGAUGAAUACAGAGGGUCAUCCGAAAAAGUCGAAUGAUGGGAUUUCUGGCAAGAUCGCAAUCGUUGGUAUGGCCGGGAGGUUCCCCGGUGGAGCAGACCACGAGGAAUUUUGGAAGUCGCUCGAGAAAGGACUCGACUUGCACCGGGAAGUCCCCAAAGACAGGUUCGACGCGCAAACUCAUUGCGAUCCUAAUGGCAAAGUUAAAAACACGAGCCACACUCCUUUUGGCUGUUUUAUCGAGGACCCUGGGCUCUUUGACCCUCGUUUCUUCAAUAUGUCUCCUCGAGAAGCUUUCCAGACCGAUCCCAUGCAGAGACUGGCGCUAGUCACUGCAUACGAGGCCUUGGAAAUGGCAGGCUACGUUCCCAACCGCACUCCUUCUACAAAACUCGAUCGUAUCGGAACUUUCUACGGACAGACUAGCGAUGACUGGCGAGAGAUCCAGGCCGCCCAGGACAUUGACACUUAUUUCAUCACCGGGGGCGUAAGAGCCUUUGGACCAGGUCGGAUCCACUACCACUUCAAAUUUAGUGGACCGAGUUUCAAUGUCGACACUGCUUGUUCGUCAAGUAUGGCUGCCAUCCAGCUUGCCUGCACCUCUCUUUGUGCUCAAGAGUGUGAUACAGCUGUGGCAGGAGGUGUCAAUGUCCUGACCAACCCGGACAUUUUCGCCGGCUUGAGCAGAGGCCAGUUUUUGUCGAAAACAGGUCCCUGCCAGACAUUUGACAAUGACGCGGACGGCUAUUGUCGAGCUGACGGAGUUGGUACAGUGAUCCUGAAGCGAUUGGAGGAUGCAGAGGCGGACAAGGACAACAUUUUGGCUGUUAUCGUCGGGACAGCUACCAACCACUCUGCCAAUGCCAUCUCAAUCACCCAUCCCCACGCUGAGACACAGGAAAUACUGUACCGGCACAUAAUGGAUCAGGCUGGCGUCAGCCCAUUGGAUGUCGAUUAUGUAGAAAUGCAUGGCACCGGAACUCAAGCUGGCGAUGGAACAGAGAUGCGUUCUGUGACGAAUGUGUUUGCUCCGUCGUCUCCCCGACGGAACCAUUCGCAACCGUUGUACCUUGGUGCUGUAAAAGCUAAUGCAGGCCAUGGAGAAGCCGCAUCUGGAGUCACAGCACUCAUUAAAUGUCUGAUGAUGAUGCAGAAGAAUUCGAUCCCGCCACAUGUUGGAGUAAAGAAGAGCAUGAAUACCACGUUCCCGAAGGAUCUGAAGGAAAGAAAUGUUCGUAUCGCCUUCGAGAAGACCCCUCUGGUUCCAAAGCAUGGCAGCAAGCGCCGGAUUUUUGUAAACAACUUCAGUGCCGCGGGAGGCAAUACCGCUGUUCUGCUAGAAGACGGGCCAUCGCACGCACCUCCGUCUCAUGAUCCACGUUCAACCCACGUAAUUGCGGUUUCUGCCAAGUCAAAGUCAUCUUUGCGCAGCAACAUGCAGCGACUAAUCUCUUAUUUGGACAACCAUCCCAACGCCUCUCUUCCGGACCUGUCAUAUACCACAACCGCUCGCCGGAUCCAGCACAAUUACCGAGUUGCUUUCGCCAUCAAUGACCUCGAAGCUGCAAAAGCCGUUCUCAAGGCUGGUGUUGAUGAAACUGUCAACCCCGUUUCUUCGAAACCUCCUAAAGUGGGAUUCGUGUUUACAGGACAAGGUUCCCACUAUCAAGGUCUAGGGAAGGAGCUCUACGAAACCUCCACGCAGUUCCGCGCCGAUUUGACGAAUUUCGACAGCAUUGCUACCCUCCAAGGCUACCCCUCCUUUAUUCCACUGGUGGAUGGCAGCGUCGCUGAUGUUAAGGAUAUAUCGCCCAUCUCUGUUCAGAUUGGCAUGGUCUGUGUGGAGAUGGCCCUGACUCGGCUUUGGGCCUCUUGGGGGAUCCGCCCGGAUGUCGUUCUUGGCCACAGUCUUGGUGAAUACGCGGCUUUGAAUGCAGCUGGUGUGCUCUCUGACAGCGACACAAUCUUCCUUGUUGGGGAGCGGGCUCGACUUCUGACGGAAAUGUGCACAUCAGGAACGCACGCCAUGCUGGCCAUUAAGGGUUCUGCGGCAAUGGUGUCUGAAAGCUUUUCCAUCGCAGGAAGCAUCGAAAUUGCCUGCAUGAACGGGCCUGACGAGACUGUUCUUAGUGGCCCGACGAAUGAAAUCAACGCUAUGGCAGAAAGAAUUUCUGCAAGAGGGAUGAAAUGUACAAAGCUGAACGUCCCUUUUGCAUUCCACUCAAGCCAAGUUGACCCUAUCUUGGAUCCCUUUGAAGCCGCAUCGAAAUUUGCUUCUUUUGGUGAGGCUACAGUUCCUGUCAUCUCGCCUUUAUUAGGAAAGCCUGUGACCAAAAACGAUGUGUUCGGACCGAAGUAUCUUCGAAAGCAUGCUCGGGAAUGUGUAAAUUUCCUCGAUGCUCUACGCUCCGGUCAGACGGCCGAGAUUUUUGACGAGAAGACCGUCUGGGUGGAGGUCGGCCCGCAUCCAGUAUGCUCAAACAUGGUCCGGUCGUCCCUUGGUCAAGCCACAAAGACAGUACCCAGCUUCCGGAGGGGUGACAGCAACUGGAAAACUGUGGCCAGCAGUCUGUGUACUCUGCACACUUCCGGCCUGAAGAUUGAUUGGAGCGAAUAUCACCGUGACUUCGAACAUUCUUUGCGGCUAUUAGACCUGCCGGCUUAUGCCUUUGAUAACAAGAAUUACUGGAUCGACUACAGAAAUGAUUGGUGUCUAACAAAGGGUGAUGCAGCCAUAGCUGCCCCGCCAACCUCCAAACAGCCCUCUGGUCUUUCCACUACGUCUGUUCAUAGCGUUGUUUCCGAAACGUUCAGUAAUGGCAAGGGCUCUGUUACAAUUGAGUCAGACAUUACUCGGCCUGACCUCAAUGCCGUUGUCAUGGGUCACGUUAUCAAUGGUGUGGCUCUUUGCCCUUCAUCUCUUUAUGGUGAUAUGGCUUUAACGGUGGCAAACUAUCUGUAUACCAAGUUGAAGCCUGGAGUAGAGCGAGCCGAUAUGAAUGUCGGUAGGAUGGAGGUUUUUAAACCUCUUCUUGGAAAGCCGGUUGGAAGCACUCCCCAAAUACUCCGUGUCGAGGCCACAACCGAUCUCUCGACCGGACGGGCAGAUUUGCAUUUUAGCAGCGGUACGGGUAAGGACAAAAUUGAUCACGCAAAAUGCAUAGUCGAAUAUGGGGAUGCUUCUGCUUGGCUCGCUGAAUGGAAUCGGAAUGCAUAUAUGGUCCGCUCUCGCAUCCAGGCUUUGGAGAAAUCCUCGCGUGAGGGUGGAGCCCAUAAAAUUCUUCGAGGCAUGGCUUACAAGCUUUUUGCCGCUCUUGUCGACUACGCGACUCCUUAUCGAGGCAUGGAAGAAGUAAUCUUCGACAGCGCGGAGCUUGAGACUACCGCAAAGAUUUCAUUCCAAACUACCGAAGAAAAUGGCAAAUUCUUCUGUAGUCCGUUUUGGAUUGACAGCUUGGCUCAUCUCUCGGGAUUCACAGUCAAUGCAAAUGAGACCCUCGACAAUAAAAAUGAGAUUUAUAUAUCUCAUGGAUGGGAGUCGAUGCGAUUUACCGGCGAGCUGUCUGCCCAGAAGAAGUACCGAUCCUAUGUCAAGAUGCAGCCCGCUGGCGGUAAAAUGAUGGCUGGAGACGUGUACAUUUUCGAAGGCGACACCAUUAUUGGUUUUGUUGGUGGUCUGAAGUUCCAGUGCAUUCCAACGAGGCUGCUCAAUUCGGUUCUGCCAAAUCCCAAUGCUCAGAAAUUGCCAUCAAAGAAUCUCGUCAACGUGCCGCCCCGUGCUGCGGCUGUUGCUAUUGCACCUGCCCCGGCACCUGUCAAAGUGCAACAAACCAAGGUAACGACUACGGUGGCUUCAAAGUCGGGCCAGAUUACUGUCAUGGCACUCGACAUCAUUGCUGCUGAGCUUGGCGUGAAUGUUAAUGAGCUUGCUGAUGCCAUUGAGUUUGCCGAUAUUGGUGUCGAUUCUCUAAUGUCGCUUUCAAUUAUUGCCAGAAUGCGCGAGGCUCUUGAGCUAACACUGAGUGGCUCUCUUUUCCUUGAUUUCCCAACCGUGGAAAAGAUGAAGGGCUACUUCAAACAGUUUGAAUCGUCCACCUCUGUUGAUUUCGAGCCUGAACUAGCGUCUGGAUCAUCUAGUUCUGGCACAGAUUCCGGUAUCGAGACGCCUGUCGACGAUAUUAAGGCGACUAUGUCAAUGGAUGUCGAAGCAAGCAUCUCUGCGACCAACAUAUCUGCUGUUCUCCGAGCUACAAUUGCGGAGGAGAUGGGCGUUGAGGUUGAGGAGAUCCUUGCUGCCCCGGAUCUCGCAUCCCUUGGAAUGGAUUCACUCAUGACUCUCUCGAUCCUUAGUAGCCUUCGCGAAAAAACCGGUCUGUCCAUCCCGUCCACACUGCUCCUGGACAACCUUUCAAUCCAUGCCAUUGAAAAGAGUCUUCAAGUUGGUCCGGCGAAGGAAAAUGCACCUCAUGUGCAGACUGUGUCUACUCAUACAGAGACUACUGUCGUUCAGACUAAGAAAUUUCGACCCGAGCGGGCUGCCACGUCAUUUUUGCUCCAGGGUAAUCCUCGUGCCUGUUCCAAAACCCUCUUCCUCCUCCCUGAUGGCGGUGGAGCAGCUGCUUCGUAUGCAGGAAUUCCCGACAUCGAUCCGGACCUGUGCGUCUUCGGUCUAAACUCUCCGUUCAUGAAGACCCCAGAAGAGUUUGAUUGCGGCGUUUCCGGAAUUUCGGAGUAUUUUGUCAGAGAAAUCCAACGUCGGCAACCGCAUGGUCCUUAUAUUCUUGGUGGCUGGUCUGCCGGAGGAGUUGUCGCUUACGAAUCUGCUCGGCAGCUUAUGGCAGCUGGUGAGGUGGUUGACCGCCUCAUCCUCAUCGACUCUCCGUGCCCUCUGACCAUUGAACCUUUGCCCGAUGGACUUCACAAGUGGUUCAAUUCCCUUGGUCUUCUUGGGGAUGGAAAUCCUGACAAAAUCCCUCCCUGGCUCCUCCCCCACUUUCAGUCGUCUAUCACUGCACUAUCCACGUAUGAUGCUCCGCGCAUGAACCCGGCCAAGGCACCUCGAACUCUUGCCAUCUGGUGCCGCGACGGUGUUUGCAAAUAUCCGACGGACCCGCGGCCGAACCCAUACCCAACCGGCCACGCCCUAUUCCUGCUCGAGAACAAGACUGAUUUUGGCCCCAUGAGAUGGGAUGAACUUGUCGGCGCGAAGAAUAUUGUGACCGAGCCGAUGCCGGGCAAUCACUUUACCAUGAUGCUUCCCCCUAAUGUUAAACUGCUUUCCGAUUGGAUGAGAAGGUCUGUGCAGUAG